UCCUCUUCUUGUCCGGGGAGGUUACACACAUGUUGUUGAUGUAAUCUUGGUACAUGUACAGCAUUGCAUUGCUAAACGUGGAGCAGACAAAAGGAGAGCGCGAUGAUGCUCAAGCAUGCAAUAAUGAUUGAGAUAUCACACAAUUAGCUAGCCGCUGGCAACGUUGACGCCUAUUGCACUGUUAAUAUAAUGACACCUUACUCCAUCCGGUUGGCACCGUGAUCCUGAGUCCAAUGGUCUGUGAUCUGCAAGGCCCAGGGGAGUAUGGCCUGGCAGCAACUUCACGCGACACCCACGCAGGGCCAGAGACCCGCGGAGCGAUGCUAUACUUUUGUAUUUCCUCCAGUAGCCUCCUCGGCGUCGCAAUAGUUUGAGUCGAGAACAUUCUGCAUAAGCAGGAUCAGGCGCGCCAUACAGUCAGUCAGUCAGUCAUGCUCAUGUACGCUCCAGCAGGUUUUUGUCCCGUAUCAACAGACACCACCGUCAACACCGUGGUGCGUAGACUGUAAGAGCGUUGGGUUCUGAAGUCAAGAUUGGCAUUUGCUGCCGACCGAAUUACCCCUUGCUGCUUGCUGGUGCACGGGACCGCCUGAGACUACUUCGAGUACUAGUAUUCCCGUUUGACCGUGCUCAGUACACCGACCCCUAGAAGACCCGAGCGCCUGAACAGUGGCCUUUCCAGCGGCCGAAUACGCCACAGCGAGGUGACUAUGCUCCAGACAUUGUAACUGUGAUCGUGAGCCACACAUCACUGUUCCUCGUCGCAAGGGUACUGUGCGUCGCAACCCCAAACGUAACUGAGUGGAUGAGGGGCUCAGCGUUUGCACCAUUAAUGUGCAACAAUUUGCUAAUACAAGUGCCUGUACAUCACAACUAGACUAGUCACAGCUCGAAAAGGUUUGACGCGAAGUCCGCGCGCAUGCGCAGAGCUCCAUUGAAGGGAUCGUGGUAAUCGUCCUUGCCUGGAACGGUCCCUCACUGGGGACUCUGAAUGGCGCCUUGUUCGAACACAGCUCUUCCACCAGUCAUUCAGGACACUGUGAAGGAGGUGUGGAUGAUGCUCGUGUUGAUGCUCCUGGCGAAUGCGAUGCUCACCGCGAGUGAGCAGACAACACUGGAUGGAAGCAACUUUCCUAUUCCUGAACCUCUGGAGGUGGUUUCUGGCGAGUUGACACGUAGCUACGAUCCCGCAGUCGCAUUUCCUCGGCCCGGAGACCCGCUGAAGCAUUCGUUGUCAGCCCGACAGACAGUGCAGUUCGGCGCCAUGGAAAUUGUCGCCAAUUUCGGAUUUCUUCAACGCCCAGCGGGUGUCAGCUUUGUGAAUCUGAGCUGCGUGCUGGCUGGCAUGUAUUUGCCAGUUCGUGGGCGAGCGGAAACCUGGAACCAAAUAAUGAUAGUUUCCUCGUAUGCAGGCUGCAAAUGCCGUAGAUCUCAUCAGCCCAGAGUGACGUCAUCACCUGAUCAUCGCCUACUCGUCUUCUACGGGUUCGGCCCUGGUCAGGCUUGUGCAAACCAAGUGCUACUCUACCAUGGCGAUUGGGCGAUUCAAUUGAAUUCUCGUGGAGGCGAGCACGUGCCCUGGGCAUUCUACCCGGGCCUCGUGGCUGUACCGGUGUCCCACGAGCAGUUUGAUCUGAUCUCUUACGGCGGAGCACUGUGUGACGAUCUGGACAAGAUCGAGUGCCUGACUUUCUCCGACGAUGUAUGGCAGUUGCGUAUCUCCAGUAACGGAUCAAGCAGAUCCGGAUCAGAGGCUGCCGAGGUUUGGACAAGGAGAAAGGUGGUAGUUCAUUCCCAGCGGUCAGGGCCAGGUCCCAGAUCCAAUCCGUACCUGUUCCGGAUUGGCAACAACUCACUGCUGCUGUUCGGAGGGGUCCAGGUGACGGCCAAUUACACUCGACUCCUUGUAAAAAGUGACUUUUGGACGUAUACCAUGGACAGAGGGCAUUGGCAGCAGCUUCACACUGACCUUGCCGCCACAGACGCGUAUUCAGUACCAGUGACGGCGAAUUCCUUUCGUCUCCUGUACAACAGCCUACAGGCGGUAUAUGUUAAAGAUUACAAUGUCAUAGUAGUAGCGGUUCAUGAUCCGUUCGAGUCAAUUGACUUGUUCAUUUGCGAACUGCCGGAAGAUGAAACGCACAAACCUGGUAUGGUUUACUGCCGGAAAGCCGGUACAUGUCAAACUCAUGUAUCCAAGGCUGUGCGAUCGCUACUCCACAUUUCCUGGUUUUCGCUGACCGCAGGGGAUUACUCAGUGUACAUGCUCCUUCAUGGCCGAGUCAGAGUGGCCGAUUUAAGUGAGUUCACCAUAAGACGGGUCACAUCGUCCUCGGGGAAAACCAGCCUCGCUCUUCUACAAGAUCAACAGCAGGAUUUGCGUAUGCUGUUUCCCGGCUUUCAGGAAAGCUUCUCCGCUGCCCCUGUUAUCAAGAUCGAUAACUUCCUCGGAAUAACAGAGUAUGCGUUUCUAGGAGGAUAUCGUAUGGGAAAUGAUGGUCUUCUAUCGUUGGUCACGCCUGACCUUCCGCUGAAAAUGGAAGUCUGGGGAAUGCGUAUGAAUCGCGGUUCCGGCAUGUCGACCAUAUCGAUGAAAGCCUCACCAUCAGCUCCACCAUACGCCAGAUUGUAUGGCCACACUGCCACACGUGUAGGUGCCGUGGCCAUUUUGUUCGGAGGUGAGCGUCCUAUCGCCACUAUAUCUAGUACCUUAGUUUACGAAAGCCACCCUUGGUGCUAUCAUCUGGGGAACAACUAUUGGAGACGGGCGAAGUAUGUUCCGUUCCUACAAGCGACACCAAGAGCGCGCUCGCUUCACGUGUCUUUUCCGUACAGAGAUAUUGGCAUGGCAGUACAGGGAGGUGCGAGCGACCUUGAACUGUUCGGAGACCUGUGGAUGUUUGUCACCAGCAGCUCGGCAGCGUGCAGCGGCAGGUGGGUUGAACUUACUGGUUACGUCACAGGAGGGCAUUUGCCGCGACGGAAAGGCCAUUCGGCGACCCAGUACGGCGACUGGGACGUCAUUCUCUUCGGUGGCUACUCGAGUGAGUCAAAAGGCCAGAAAAACGGACUGGAAUCGAACACAGAAGACGCUAAGGAUGACAUGUAUUUGACGAUUCUACGUAUUAUCAGCCUCACCGAGGUUCGUAUCAGGAAAAUUCCAUUACAGCGGUCUGUCCAGCGCAGGACCGGUCAUUCCUUGUCGAGAUACACGAACGAUUCCUUUCUUCUCCUGGGUGGAGUGCAUCGUGUUAAUAUGGGGAACUUCACCGUCGCCCACGAGGCUCUACUGCUCCAGAUGCGCCCAGACAACACUAUGAAAAUCAUUCCGUUCUUCAAUUAUUCCAUCAUGCAGCACCAUGUCGUCGACAAUCUGGUCGUGUCAGGCCUGGCCCUGGAUGGAAUUGGAAGCCGAUUCACCCAGUUGAACUAUCUGCUGCUGAAAAACGACAAGCAUUGCCCAGUCGGCUACGGACGGAAUGCGCAGGAUUCGUGCCAGCCGUGCCCCAAAGGCACCUACGCAUCCAGUGUGCCACAGCAGUGCACGAAGUGCGCAGAGCAUCUGACGACGGCCGGCGAAGGGGCCUCAGUGUGCAUUGCGAAAGAUCCGUGCACUACGAACACAUGUCACGGCCACGGCGCAUGCUUCGUGGACAGCGAGAACGACGCCUAUUGCAAGUGCCGCUUCGGGUAUCUACCCGCCGACGAUUGCCGAACGCCGACGGUGUAUCUGUCACAGAUUGCUGCUGCAGUGUUCUCCACUGUUUUGGCCAUUCUUAUCACGUCUUUAGUGAAAUAUCUCCGACGAGGAAAGACAUUGCGACGCACCGAAGAAGAGCUGAGAGUCGAGCGCUUUCAUCUUCAUAAGUCCAAACUUAAACUGUCCGAGAUUAACCGUGGGACACGAGUGAGGUGGGUGGAUUUGACAAUCACUCGACAAAUUGCGUCGGGAACCAUUAGCAAGGUGUACCUGGCUGAACUGAAUGAUUUGGUGGUGGUGGUGAAGAAGCUUCCCCGCUAUGCAACUCGGGCCAAAUGGCAAGUAGAUCUACGACCCUACGAUAUUUUCAUGGAGGAGGCGGAGGCGCUGCGAUCUUUGCGCCAUCCCAACAUAGUCCUCUUCCUCGGGGCCGGACAAGACGCUGCUAGCAUAGGUCCGUUUUUGGUCAUGGAGUACCUGCGACGUGGCUCUCUUUACGACAACCUGAAAGAUCGGGCAGUAGAUAUCGAUGGCAAUGACCGGCUUCGCUUCGCCAUGGACAUCGGUCGUGGUAUGCGAUACCUACAUAGUUCCAAUCCGCCGCAGAUUCACCGUGACCUGAAGAGUCCCAACAUCCUGGUGAGCGAGAAGUGGGUGUUAAAAAUUGCUGACUUGGAGUUUGUUCGGUACUCAUCUCUGGUAAAGGAAGACGACAAAACUACACGUACUUCUACUGGUGCCAGAUCAUGUCCAGGUGAUCAAUCGCAGUCCGACGCCAACCAGAGCACCCCAAGCGGCGCCGACUCCCUGGGAACGGCACUCGCCCCGACACAUGCUGGAUCCUCGACGAUGCUCACUCCUCUGUUACCGUGUGUGGAGGAGUCUGCUGAGCGGCAAGCACCUGGCCUCAACAGCAGCCCUAGCAGCCAUCAUUGCACUCCUUCAGAGCUAAUCCCUACGCACGACGUGCCCGUGGCCAUGACAUGCGGAGUUGGCACGGACCGUUGGAGAGCUCCGGAGACUUUGACGAAGAACAGCUACACGGAAAAGUCUGAUGUCUAUAGCUACGGCGUAGUGCUCUGGGAAAUAUGUGCACGCCAGCUUCCCUACGGGCACCUCAACAGUUCGGAGUACAUCCAUCAAGAGAUCAUUGACGGAGAGAAGCUGGUGUUUCCGCCUGGAACACCAUACGGGUACCGGCACCUCGCCGAAAGGUGCAUGGCGGAGAAUCCCCGGGAUAGACCAUCCUUCAGGAAGAUCAUCCAGCAAAUUGAUGAGCUCCAGGUCAGUCCUCCGGCAAGUGAAUGAGAAGGUGGUAAGGCAACGAAUUCCCUUAAUUUUCUGUAGCAUGAGUUUGCCUCUUUUGGAAUAUCAAAAUCAGUUCAAAAUGUACGGAGACGCGUCAAAAUGUUUUCACGUGUCAUGACAUCUCUAUGCAAGUAUGUUGAUGCCUACCCGGUACCCCCUCCUCGACUAGCCUAUGCAUGACUGGUGUAGGCAUUAUGCACUCCUCCUUCGUCCUGCAAAAUAUUCAAUUAUCAGCAUCACGGAAUGUAAUAUCAAUGAAAGAACAAUGUCGAUUAUUUGCAAAGAACAAUGGAACAAUAUUUUAAGAUUUGAAUGCCGUUUCAUGUUAUAAUCACCAGAAAAAGUUUUUUUGUAGUCCAACUCUCAGUGUGAUGACGAUUUCCCAUGAUUAUCACAUGAAAACCACGUUCAAAUCUUUCUUUUUUUCUUUUUUCUAUUGUUCCAUUGUUCUCGUGGUAUGAGUGCGCUCAGUUUACUUUCAUCGAUAUUAAGUUUCUUGUCUCCACGCCAACUUUUUAUCAUGGAAUGUCUCAUUUUUUCACUGGAUAAUCUUCCAAGGUACAAAUAUGCACCAUUCCUCACAGAUUUCCCUCCUCGAACUGUUUAUCACAUAAAACAUUUCUGCCAUCUGUGUUUUAUUCCUACUGUCUUGCUCCGGUAAAUUUAGUUCACAAACGCAUAAUUUUUACGUUUCCCAUUUACUAGUCGAAUGUAAUCAACUGAUCUGGCAUUCACUUUAACACAUAUUUCGGUGUGUUUUCGGGAUCUUAUGUGCCUGCUAGAAACUAUUUGAACACACCCAUGCAUGUGUUCAGGCUUGCACAAUGAAGUAGCUUGGCUGAUAAUCAGACGAACAGAAGAACAGAAUGCUUCAAUAAGCAAUGGAGCUCAAUCGUGUCUGAGACUGGGUGCUGAUGAUGAUGCUUAGGAGUGCUUUCAUUCUGAUUUGAAUGAUGAAUAUUUUCACUCAUUCCAUCAGUGUACAAGAGCGAGAAAUACCCAUU